UCAACAAAGGCGGCCACCUCCCUCCAAAGUCAAGAAAGGCUGCCUUGUUGUCGAAGAUUAACUCCUGCGUGCAACGGCUGCAAAUGCCGCAAGACUCGGUUUGCUGAAGGAAAUUCUCACAACCAAGAGUACAGCUCAAACUUGAAGAAGAGAAAGAAGAGAACCUAUCAUCCUGCCAUGGAGUGCAAGUGAGUGUGUCUUGAUUUCCCCAACAUAAAUUGCAGUGGGUAUCUGGCCAAUGACCAUCUAAUGUGUUGAUUGAUCCUUCACCGGCAGCACUACUGCAGUGUGGAAUAUUUUCGAGGCAGCAGUAGGAAGACAACGUUCUGUCCAUCCCUCUAGCUACCGGGUAACAUGGAAACAAACACUUCUCCCCUCGAACUUCUAACAAAUGAUAAUUAUGUGGAUUGGAGUGUUAAGAUGAAAAAUAAUUUGUUGGCUCAAGGUCUUUGGGACAUUGUUGAAAGAGGCUCAAAACCCCCCAAACUAGAUGAUCAUGUGGUUGAAUACGAGGCUUGGAGAAAGAUGAAUGAUGUGGCUUUACAUGCAAUCCAAAGUUCAUGUGGGAUGGACAUACUAUCUCGAAUCAAUAAAAUUAGUUCUGCCAAAAUUGUUUGGGAAACGUUGGCUAAAAUGUUCAUAAAAAGUAAUGGACAAGACAAGAUAAAACAGGCUGAAGAUGAUGAUUUGAUAAUUGAUGAAGGAAACUCUUCACGUUCAGACAACACAGGGCCACGGGGGGAUGCUUAUGCUGCCUUACUCAAGGCUGUGCGAAAAGGUGAUUGGAACAGUACAAAAGAAUUCCUCAAGCUCCACCCAGGUGCAUUGACAGAAAGAAUAUUGUUUACGGGGGGGACGGUUCUUCACGCUGCUGUUACUGCUGAACAGGAACAUAUAGUGGUGGAGUUGGUCAAUAUGAUUUCGGAACAUGACUUGGCAACAAUGCAAGAUUAUGGCGGCCGUACAGCUCUACAUGAGACAACUGCUAGUGGGAAUUACCGGAUGGCAGAGUGCCUGAUUACAAAGAACAAGAGCUUGGUCAGCAUUAGAGAUGAUGGCAACACACUUCCAGUUGUUCUAGCUAUGGACUAUGGACAUAAAGAAUUGGCUCGCUAUCUCUAUUCUCAAACUCCAUUUGAAGAUUUGGAGUCAGAAAAAGGCCGCCACGGUGCCACACUUCUUAACAGCUCUAUCUAUAAUAGAGAUUUAGAUAUGGCUUUGUUAUUAAUGGAGCGUUGUCCUCGUUUGGCUUUUGCCUUUGACGGACGAGGUAUCUCUCCUUUGGAGGUACUGGCUGUUUUGACUGACGCAUUCGAGAGUGGAAAAGGGAUGGUGUUUUGGAAACAAUGGAUCUACAAUCACUGUAUAUACAUUUCAAUGAUUUCAUUAGCUCGUGUUGCUGAUCAAUUCCGUUUGAACAUUCAAAAUUAUCAAGAAAAAACUAUCGGAUCAGCUGAUCUAUGGCACCAACUAGUUUCAAGUCUCUUGAACCUCCUGGGAUUCAAGCGUUUAUAUGAAAUGAAGUUGGUACGUCUCCAAUUCCAACAACUUCUGUCUAGUAUGUGUGAAGCGAUUCCAGCUAAUACAAGUCUAAAAAAGCGACGUAGGACUAUUGCGCCAGUAAUCUUCCGUGCUAUCAGCAGAGGGAACUUUGAAUUUGUUCAUCAAAUAGUCCAAGCAAAUUCUGAUCUUUUGUCGAUCACUGAUGCUAUUGAAGGAAGGGGCAUGUUCAAUCGGGCAGUCCUGCAUCGUCAACAUAGGAUCUUUAGCCUUAUAUAUAGCUUAAAAAGGAAGAAUGUUGUACUAAAUCGGGUAGAUAACUCCGGAAAUACCAUAUUGCAUAUGGCAGGGAUGUUAACCGAGCAUACUCCUAUUGAUCACAUAAGAGGUGCAGCUUUGCAAAUGCAAAGAGAAGUUCAAUGGUUUAAGGAGGUGGAACGCAUUUGCCCUCUCUCUGAUAAGGAAUAUUUAAACAACGACGGUUUAACUCCCAGACAAUUGUUUACGAAAGACCACCAAACAUUGAGAAAAGAGGGAGAAAGAUGGAUGAAGGACACAGCAACUUCUUGUACUGUCGUUGGCGCUCUCAUCAUUACCGUUAUGUUCACGGCAGCAUUUACUAAUCCCGGUGGUAACAACCAAGAAACAGGCUUGCCAAUCCUCAUGCAUGACAAACUAUUUAAACUCUUUAUAAUAACUGACUCUCUAUCGUUAUUUUCUUCCUCGACUUCAGUAUUGAUGUUUUUAGGAAUUCUUACAUCGCGUUAUGCAGAAGAAGACUUUCUUAGAUCCUUACCCAGCAAGAUGAUUAUAGGUCUUUUUGCUCUAUUCUUCUCUAUUACAACCAUGAUGAUAGCUUUUUCUGCUGCUCUUUUACUUAUGUUUAGUGGAAAAUAUAGGAUCGCCAUUCCCAUUAUUAGUUUGGCUGGCGUUCCCAUUAUUCUAUUUGUAUUGGUACAAUUUCGCCUUCUUGUUGACAUGCUUGUUUCAACCUAUGGAUUGGGCAUCUUUAACAGAAAAAUGAAGCCUUGGUUUUAAUUUUUUACCU